AUGAAAUUGUGUUCUCUCGUCUUAAAGGUCCAAUAUUAUAAUUCUUUUGUAUACCAUAGGUUAUAUACGAAGUGUGUCUUCUGCGGACUACAAGAAACAGUGGAUCAUCUAUUCAUCUCAUGUCAGUUUGCGACAUCAGUCUGGGAGGCUGCACCAUUUUCAAAUGUACAAGCCACUCUAGGAACAACAAAUUUCACAUCAGCGCUGCAAGCAUCGCGCAAGCUAGUAAACUUGCCUCCAACUGGCGUACACCUCGUCUCCUUGUUCCCAUGGAUUGUUUGGACCAUAUGGUUAACUAGGAACCAGAGGAUCUUCCAGAACAGAGAAUUCGAUGGAAGGGCCACACUGACAAAAGCAAUCACUGACGCUAGAGAAUGGCAACAAGCACAACAAGAGGUACACCGAGCAAUAGAACUUCAGACAGACCCGGAGAUACAACCAACAUCAACCAUCAUCAUCAACACGGAUGCAGCCUGGAAGGAGGAGACAAAAACGGCUGGAAUUGCUUGGAUCUUCUAUGAUGUCAAUGGGAAGCCGUUUCGACAAGGAAGUGGAACAGAAGAAUGGGUGAGCUCUCCAAUCAUGGCAGAGGCGCUUUGCCAUCCGUGA